UUCUUGUUAGGCAGAAUGCUUCGUCUCUCUUGGCGCACCUACCUCCUUGUUCUCUUCUUCCUCUGUCUUGCCGACCACCUCCACACCUCCGACGUUAUCGUUGGUAAAAAUGAGCUGGUCUAUAAUGGCUUUUCAGCUGAUCUGAAGCUUGACGGCAAAGCUUUGUGGAUAGAUGACCUAUUGAGUCUAACCAAUGGCCCAGGUGGUACAAGCGGCCAUGCUUUCUGCAGCUAUCCCCUAAGCUUUCAAGAUAAUCCUGGUGGCGCUAUCUCCUCCUUCUCAACUACGUUUGUGUUCGUCAUGGGUUUCAAGCAGUAUAAAGGUAAUGGGAUGGCGUUCAUACUUUCAUCCACCAGUGACUUACCAGAUGAUUCGCCAGGCGAGUACCUUGGCCUCCCGCAUUCUAACUUAGAUGGCCAUGCUUUCUUUGCCGUCGAGUUCGACACCGUCUUGAAUGCUGAGAUCGGGGACAUUGAUGACAACCAUGUUGGGAUUGAUGUCAACAGCUUGGCGUCAGUUGAAUCCCAAAGUGCAGGCUUCUAUUACGGACACACUAGUUAUUUCCAAACCAUUGUACUCAGAAGCGGCAAACCAGUUCAAGCGUGGGUGGACUAUGAUAGCAAAUCGCACCAGCUGAAUAUUACCUUAGCACCUUGUUGUAUUUCUAAACCCCAACUUCCGUUGCUGUCAACCACUGUCAAUUUAUCCUCUUUGUUGUCACUGGGUCCAGUUUACGCUGGGUUCUCUGCAUCCAGCAGAAAAGUCUCCUCCAGCCAUUAUGUUCUAGGCUGGAGUCUGAAGCUAGAUGGGGUGGCUGAACCACUUGACUACUCUGUUCUCCCUUUUGGCACUGAACAUGAACUUCAACAUCAAUCCAAAUUCCAACUUUUUAUCCCUAUGAACAUUUUAGGUGCGCCAACGAUCGUGCCAGCAGUCAUCCUAAUAGUUCUUGCUGUGCUGAUCUGUCGGCAACUGAGAAAGGCCAAGGAAGAUGAUGAGUGGGAGAUCAAGUGUGGGAUGCCGUCUUUCACAUACAAGGAACUGGUGACUGCCACCGAAGGCUUCAGCAACAAGAUGCUCCUCGGGAAAGGAGGCUUUGGAAGGGUGUACAAAGGGGUGCUGCCUACCACCACACAGCAUGUGGCCAUCAAGCGGGUGUCGCCGGAAUCAAAGCAGGGGAAGAAGGAGUUCAUGGCGGAGAUCGCCAUCCUUGGCCAUGUCCGCCACCGAAACCUUGUCCAACUGCUAGGCUAUUGUAGGUACAAGCAGGAGCUGCUCUUGGUCUAUGACUACAUGCCCAAUGGCAGCCUUGAUAGGUACUUGUAUGACAAGAAUACGCCGACCCUGGAUUGGGCUCAGAGGCUUCGCAUCAUCAAAGGCGUAGCUUCCGGCCUCUUCUACCUGCACGAGGAUUGGGAGCAAGUCAUCAUCCAUCGGGACGUCAAGGCAAGCAACGUUCUCCUCGACGACGACAUGAAUGGGAGGCUUGGUGACUUUGGCCUCGCAAGGCUGCAUGACCACGGAGUCGAUGCCCACACUACACAUGUGGCGGGCACCUGGGGAUACAUUGCCCCUGAGCUGGCCCGGCUUGGCAAGGCGACCAAGGCGACCGACGUAUUUGCAUUUGGAGUGUUUACCAUAGAGGUGGUUUGCGGGAGAAAACCAAUCGGCCCGGCCAACACCAGUGGCGGCCUUCUUGCGCUGGCGGAUUGGGUACGUGGCACAUGGCAGGGUGGCUCGAUCGUCGACGCCGUGGACCCUGAGCUGAAAGAUUACGACGAGGCGGAGGUUGAGCUUUUGCUGAAGCUUGGGUUGCUAUGCUCCCAUUCUCUGCCCAGGUCGCGCCCAUGUAUGCGUCUAGUAAUGCUGUACUUAGAAGGAGGUGCAAGACUUGCAGGCUUCCAGCCAGCUUCUGAUGGACAUGAGGAUGAAGAGAUUGAUCAGGCAUUGUGUGCAUCUGCAGCUACGACUGUGACCAUUCUUUCUGGAAGGUAAUACUUCUGUUGCGGUGUUCACAACUUCCCAUCAUCAAGCAAGGUUAUCACCAAUGCUUAUUUUGGAUCUCUGCAAGUUAACCUGCUGGGUGCGCGGGCCGGUGUGGUGUGUUGCUGAUGAUUGUAAGCAGGAGUGGCGAAUCCAGAGCGCAUGGUAGGGUGUCGACUAUGGUCACUUGGGUGGCAGAGUCGUCGGCCCGUUGGGGCGCAGCCUCGGGGCUGGCAUGUUUGUAUGGCUUGUUGUAUCGGUCUUCGGACGGUUUUUCUUAUUAACCUAUCAAUUCUUUUCUUCUAUAUGAAAAUGCAGACCUCUUGUCCGUUGCUUGAAAAGAGGAAAAAUAAAUCACCGGGAGCUCUGGUGGACUUGUGUCACAAUGUUACUUGUCCAAGGGCCGAAAAGCUCUAGUUGCAAUUUGCAACAACUAGAAUGAAAUUUGCUGGCACAACUCAGAAACAAAUUGGACACGAGUAGUACUGUUCGUUUCAUUGUGCAGUUGUGCCCUGCUAGUAGCUACCAGAUGGAGUUGUUUUCCAUCGCCAUCCAGAGCAAAACUCCUACCAUAUACUCGUAGUAUGUGUGAUCCCCGUUGAAAGAUGAAGCCCGGUCAGAAGACUGAAACGACAAUAGGAACCAAGUAUAUUCAUAAUAAGAUUAGAUGCUUUCCCCCCUCAAAAAAAAAGAUUAGAUGCUUUUUCUUAAAUAAAUAUCAUAGCUUUUUUUAGUGGAAAUAAAUAUCAUAGCUGCAUCUUUCUCUGCGUAAGCGGCCGAGUUUGACGGGUGUGGGCAGCAUAGGUCACCACAACGAAUCCAAGCAUCAAUAUUUUUUAAAGCAUCGGUGCUUAUUUGUAGAAGAUUAGAAGCUUAAUUAGCCACUCCUCCUAUAAAAAUAAGCAUCAACUUGGGUUAUCUGACUAAGCACCGUGCAUUGUACAAAGGCCUUAGAUGCGGGUUUCUAACGACAUUGCACAACCCAAUGACUCGUGACACAGACAGAUCCAUCCAAUCUGAAAUUAUAUAUCUAUCUCGCAUCGGUAUGCAUAUAGUUUCUCUACUUGUUAACUAGUACUAGGACUUGUUCUUUCCCCCGCCAGCUUCUACAGGCGACAAAGCAACAAAACUGUAUCCGCCAUGAGCUCCUGUGAUCAGUGACCAAGCCUAGGCCACACACGCGUGUCGCCAGCAAGAGGCGUUACAUGCUCUCCUGAUCAGGCUCAUCUCACGUGCCACUUGACCAAGUGCCGGUGGGUGAGCGAUGU